CACCCGUGUUUAUUGACAUCUUGUCCGCAAAUUGUUUGCGUUUCGCCUGGCCGUGUAGUCGCGCUGCAGUGUCGGGGCCAAGUUAGAGAUAGAUAGAGAGGAAAGGGCGGAAAGUUGUCACCGUUGCUGCUGCGACACUCGGCGAAAAUGGCGAGCGAAGGCAGUGCUGGCGCGGGCGCCGAAAUCGUGCGGGGCCAGGUGUUCGAGGUGGGCCCUCGCUACACCAACCUGGCCUACAUCGGCGAGGGCGCCUACGGGAUGGUCGUAUCCGCUUACGACAACCAAACCAAGACCAAAGUGGCGAUCAAGAAAAUCUCGCCGUUUGAGCACCAGACCUACUGUCAGCGAACCUUGCGUGAAAUUAAAAUCCUCACCAGAUUCAAACAUGAAAAUAUCAUAGACAUACGGGACAUUUUAAGAGCACCGACCAUCGACCAGAUGAAGGACGUGUACAUAGUUCAGUGCCUGAUGGAAACAGACCUGUAUAAACUUCUCAAAACGCAGAGGUUAAGCAAUGACCAUGUUUGCUACUUCCUUUACCAAAUUCUUCGCGGACUGAAAUACAUCCACUCAGCCAAUGUGCUGCACAGAGACUUGAAGCCGAGCAAUUUGCUUCUGAACACAACAUGUGAUCUAAAAAUUUGUGACUUUGGUCUCGCCCGAGUUGCUGACCCAGACCACGAUCACACGGGAUUUUUGACUGAAUACGUAGCUACUAGGUGGUACCGUGCUCCUGAAAUCAUGCUUAACUCUAAGGGCUACACGAAAUCAAUAGAUAUCUGGUCAGUGGGCUGCAUUCUGGCAGAAAUGCUUUCCAACAGGCCCAUCUUCCCAGGUAAACACUACCUGGACCAACUGAACCACAUUCUGGGUGUUCUCGGUUCGCCAACUGAGGCUGAUUUGGAGUGCAUUAUUAAUGAGAAAGCUAGAAGUUACCUCCAAUCAUUACCGUACAAGCCUAAAGUCCCGUGGACAAAAAUAUUCCCCAACGCGGACCCGAAGGCUCUAGACCUUCUUGAUAAAAUGCUGACGUUCAAUCCUCACAACCGCAUCGAAGUUGAAAGCGCCUUGGCCCACCCCUACUUAGAGCAGUAUUAUGACCCGGCUGAUGAGCCUGUAGCAGAGGAACCAUUCCGUUUGGCGAUGGAACUUGACGAUUUGCCAAAGGAGCAGCUGAAAGCACUAAUCUUCCAGGAGACCCUGGCCUUUAAGGAGACCUACCUGGAUAAUGACGCGUAAUCAGAACUCGCGUUUUCACACAAAGCGCUUAUGAUUAGACUGGGCUGGUUCCAUCUUGUUGUAAUUAUGUGGUGUAUUGUCCUGCCAUCAACAUUCCAUAGAGAAGAAGUUCUUUCCAAGAGCGACACACAAACACGGAGAAAAAAAAUGAUGCCACACCAAUGGUUGUUGAUGAUUGCGCAGCCGUAAAAAAAAUAUUGCAUGCAUUUUUUAUUAUGAGUGUUUGAAAACUUUGAAGUCAGUGUCUAAUAAUUGAUAUUCCCGUGACUCGUUCAUUCGUUUGUGCUAACGUCACUUUAGUUGGCAGAAGAUUUUUGCUUUCCAAAUUACGGCCUAAAAUCAAUCACUCAAUGUGUAUUGUACCUUUGUUCAUCAUCGCGAGCUAACUUAGUACUCGUUUUUUGACUCUCCAUCGGAUACAUGUGUAUAAAAAGUAUGAUGUUUUCAACUCGAAUGUUAAUCAGUAUUCUCUUGAUCCUCGAUUAAGCUCAAAUUGUGAGUUUUUAAUUUUUUUUAUGUCGUUGCAAAAAGUUAUCGCCGUUGAAAAAAAAUUACAAGACUUUUCCUACGAUAUAUUGUCAGAGGCAAUAAUGUAUUAUUCAACCUAGUUGUGGUUCUAAUGGCAUUCUUUAGUCAUAAAUGUUGUAUUCAUCAUCAUAAUUAUAAAAAAAAACAGUUCAAUAAAAAUUGUAUUUCUAAGACAA